GGCCAGAAGCCAUGCAGUGGGUGUGGCCUGGGCUGUGACAUCAGCAGAGAGAGAGAGAGGAGGCUUGGAAGAUGUUCUAAAUCCCGUAACCCAUCUGGAGUCCAUCUGUGCCUCGCUGGCGGUGGGAAGGACUCGGACUGCAGCGCUCACAUAUGUGAGAGAGUUUGAGACACAUGCAUCACAUAUGAAGAGCGGAGUGAUUUACAUUGUUUGGAAUAAGACACGAGCAGAGCGGACCAUCAUAGAGAGCAGACAGUGCAGAGAAGAACGUUCCUGCCAUGCCCGGUUCCCCAGUGGAUGGAAAGACUCAUUCCAGACCAACCGUCUCCAUCAUGCCUCCUUUACCUUCCAUCAACCCCAGCGGACCUCGACCAGCAACCUUCUCCACCACAGCAUUGACUAAUGGGAUCAAUCAUUCUCCGCCGAUGCUCAACGCCAUUCCCUCACCGCCUCAGCGCUACAGCAACGGCCCUUCAUCAUCAUCUUCCUCUUCUCUGGCCAAUCAGCAGCUUCCAGCCACCUGCGGCGCUCGACAGCUGAGCAAACUCAAGCGCUUCCUCACAACCCUGCAGCAGUUCGGCAACGACAUCUCGCCCGAGAUCGGAGAGAGCGUCCGAAACCUGGUGCUGGCGCUGGUGAACUCCACCGUCACCAUCGAAGAGUUUCACUCCAGACUGCAAGAAGCUACAAACUUCCCCUUGAGGCCCUUCGUCAUUCCCUUCCUGAAGGCGAACCUGCCUUUGCUGCAGAGGGAGCUUUUGCACUGCGCUCGAGCCGCCAAACAGACUCCAGCGCAGUAUCUGUCCCAACACGAACACCUCCUGCUCAGCACCAGCGUCCCGUCGCCAGCAGACUCCACCGAACUCCUGCUGGAGCCCAGCGAGAGCAGCAAACACCACAGUCCUAACAGAAGUAAAGAGAAUGGUUUCCACGAGCGUCCUCCCGCAUCCCUGGAGCCUCCUGCCAAGAGGAUCUGCACCAUUAGCCCCGCCCCCCGACACAGCCCCGCCCACCCGCUGCAGCUCCCCGCCCACAUCCACCCGACUCCGCCCCCUCUGCAGCACUAUGCGCUGGAUGACAUCAGCACACCUCACCUGUACAGAGAGCCGCAGCGGAUCCUGGAGCUGAAGGAGCGGCCGCGGCUGACAGGCAGUAACGGAGGCUACCGUGAGGAACCUGUAGACCACAGACUGACAGACAGAGAGUGGGCUGAAGAAUGGAGGCAUCUGGAUCAUGUGCUGAACUGUAUUGUGGACAUGGUGGAGAAGACGCGGCGUUCGGUGAGCGUUCUGCGGCGCUGUCAGGAGUCCGACCGCGAGGAGCUCAAUUACUGGAGACGACGCUCCAACUCACACGACGAGGGACGUAAGAAGGGAUCGGCCGCAGGGAACAUCCCGUUCAGCAAGACACACAGCCCUCUGUCAGCCGAGGGAGUCACCACAGACUCUCAGAGGGAUCUUCCCCUGCGCUCCGGCUCUGGAUAUGUGCCUGAUGAGAUAUGGAGGAAAGCCGAGGAAGCGGUGAACGAGGUGAAGCGUCAGGCGAUGGACGAGGUGCAGAAGGCCGUCGCCGAGGCCGAGCAGAAAGCCUUCGAGAUGAUCACCACCGAGAGAGCCAAGAUGGAGAAAACCCUCGCCGAGGCCAAGAGGAAGGCCACCGAAGAUGCCAUACAGGUCAUCAACGAACAGGAAGACUCCAGCGAGUGCUGCUGGAACUGCGGUCGCAAGGCGAGCGAGACGUGCAGCGGCUGUAAUGCGGCGCGAUACUGCGGCUCCUUCUGUCAGCACAAGGACUGGGAGCGACACCAUCUCAUCUGCAGCCCGGGGCUCCAGGCGCAGCCCAAAACCAUGUCACGCAUCCUUGCCAAAGCCAUCCCGAGUCCCAGUCUGGAGAAAACCUCCAGAGCGUCCACCCCAGCCACCCCAGUGUCCUCCUCCACACCGGACGCCGGCGGACACUGAGAAGGUUAACCGCCGGAUGUGACAGAAGCAGGACGUUCAGAAACACUUAUGGACAGAGGGAUGUGUUUUUAGCACUGCUCUGCGUGACUCAGCUUGCUUAUUUGGUGCAAACGUGAUCUGUUUUACCCGCACAAACUGUUGUCAGUGAUUCGUGAGCAUGUGUGAGUGUGUGAUCGUGUCUGUAAAUACAAUAUCAGAGCAAUAUAAACGUGAUGGAUUCACCAAUGCUGUGACCUGUUGAUGUCUAUCAUUAUUAUCUGACAGUGUUCUCAGAGUUACCACAGAGAAUGAGUGUGUGUUAAACGUGGCAAACAAAUCCUGAUCACAUACAAUCAACAGAUGAAUGCACCAAACUUGGUCUGUUUGUAUCCACAUGCAAAGCUCUGCGAUCUCAGGAGGAUGUUCUAUGUAAAGAAUUUUAUUUUGUCAAGUCGAGGUGUUUCUUUUCUUUGAUUUCCACGUUGGCGUCUUCAGCUGCCUUCGUUUCGUACGGUACACCACAUGUUGAUUUUUUUUUAUUUUAUAAGAAUGUGUUAAAUAUAACGGUCAAGAGAAUGUUUAUUUUGUGAGCUAUUCAUUUCUUUUCUUCAAGAAUUCUUAAAUGUUGUUAUGAAGUAGAUAUUAAAAAAUAAAGACAUUAACGUGA